AUGCUCCAUCAUCUCCCUAAGACUAUCGAAGAUAGUAUAGAAGUUGCGACACGUCUAGAUAUAUGGUACCUCUGGGUCGACAGAUACUGCAUCGAUGAGGACAGCCCCAGCGACAAGCAUGACCAGAUUCAGCAAAUGGACGCGAUCUAUAGGUCUGCAGCUUUGACGAUCAUUGCGGCUGCUGGAGAAGGACCAGAUCACGGCCUGCCCGGAAUCAACGGAACGACCAGGACAGCUCAACAAACUCUACGUCUAGGUGACUUCACUCUUGCCCAGACCCUAUCUCAUCCUUCCGUAGCGUUGUCUGCAUCUGUCUGGGCGACGAGGGGAUGGACUUAUCAAGAAGGACUACUCUCGCGCCGCCGUCUUAUCUUCACACCUGAGCAGGUUUUCUUCGAAUGCGAGGGCAUGCAUUGUCGCGAAGCCGUCACAAUCCCUCUAGACGAUAUGCAUCUCGUAAGUAAGCAAAGAUUCAAAGCAGAUGCACCUUCCGGGUCUUUCGACGCCAAACGUCCUGGCCGGUAUCCUCUCAUGUACAUGCGGCACGUGGCCGAAUUCUACUUCAAACAACUAUCUUACCCGAGCGAUGCACUUAACGCCAUGCAUGGAAUCUUCAAGUCCUUCCAGGAGCAACCUCCAAAGCGAGCCGUCUACAACAUAUGCGGCAUACCGAUUCUACCCGGAAGAUUCCAGAGCUUUACGAGUCAAAGGCCGUUACAUCCUUUCCUGACAAACCUAUUCUGGUAUCACACCGAGCCUGGACAUCGCCGGCCAGAGUUUCCGAGUUGGUCUUGGGUCGGUUGGCACGGUGGCACAAUAUCGCCAGAGACCUUUGUGAAAAAGAACGAAUCAUAUUCGAAGCUCAAUGCUGAUACAUCUCUUUGGGUGGAAGAAAAGCCUGGCCUGCUACGCGAGUUUGCUGAACCCGUGGCUCCGAACACUUGGCUAGACUACCAAGACAGCCGCUUCCUUCACAUCCAGACAUGGAUACUGGACUGCACAAUUGUCAAUAUUGAUGUCGCAGAUCUGCCAUCCUGGAAAUCAAGCCCGGGACUUUACGCCCGAUUUCAACUGGACGAUGAGAGGAUCGGCUGCGCAAGAUUCCAUCCAUCAAUCACCCCGACCGAGCUUCAACACUGCGACUCCACCGGGCAACCGAAGCAGUAUCUCGGCCUGAUCCUACCCUUUUCUCUAGCUGGCAUGAACUACAUCUACAUGAUCGAGCGAUAUGCUUCAGUACUAGUCGUAGAAGACAAAGGAGAUUGCUACGAACGCGUGGGUGUCUUUCAUCUCUACUCACACUUUGACAGCGGUACAGACGAGCAACGUGCGGAUCUCAGCUUCUGUAUGAGAGCCGAUGGGAAACUCUCGAGCUUCAAGAACGUGGAUAAUGGUUGGGAGCGAGGUGCGAAGAGGCAGAAGCGCAAGAUUCGCUUGGGCUAG